CCGGUAACAAACAUUAACCUCUGUGCGCUUGCUAUUCUUUACAGACGGCUUGUGGUGAUAACGUCACGUGAGUUUGAUUUCCUAUUUUAUCUUUAACUCUUAGUUAACUAAACCUGAUCUUUAAGGCCAAAAACGUGCCGUGAAUGUUCAAACUUUUUUUGCCUUUUAAACUACGUAAUAAUUGACGCACUCGACUUUCCGCGUUCGUUGAAGAUUUUGACAGAUAAUAUUUAUUUAAUAGUGGUCGAAAAAGAGCAUUUCAAUACUCAAAGGGUAUUUAACCUCGAAAAAAGGGGAAAAUGAUGGAAACAGGCGAUCUUUCCUAUAGCCUUAUUUUACACCAGUUUCGAUUCAAGACUGAAAUAUGGAAAAGAGCAGCGUGUUGAGCGUCGUUCCAUGCAGACACGAAUUUAAAUAAUUGUCCGAAAGAUUGACGGUCAGUGUAAAAUGUAGACUGCCGACUGCAGAUUGCAGACUGCCGACUGCAGAUUGCAGACUGCCGACUGCAGAUUGCAGACUGCCGACUGCAGAUUGCAGACCGCAAUGGAUAGAGAUUUAUCCAGUGGAUAGUGUUAUCUGAUCUUCUGAACUGGGACCACGUUGAUACUGAAGAGAAACACCUAGUGGAAUAAGAAAGGCAAACACCUGCCGAUAUUGUUUGGAGGUUUUUAAUUAUACCCUUAUCUGACUGUUAUCUCACACCAAAAAUUUGCAUUGAAUUUAAAGAAUUUGCACGCCUAACUUUGAGAAAGCAGGUUGUUUUAGAGCAGAGUCUGCAUUUUACCCCUAGUCUGCAGACUGAAGACUGCAGACUAGGGGUAAAAUGCAGACUCUGCUCUAAAACAACCUGCUUUCUCAAAGUCUGCAUUUUACACUGGCCGGAAAAAAAUUACCUUUGGCACUUUUCAUCCCAUUGGACAAAUCAUGAAACAGAAUACCUCUCUGAUAAAUUUUGUGGCCCUUAGCAACUAAUGAGUGAAUACCAGGUGACUACAUUUAAGAAGACAGUGAAAUCAAUUUUUUGUGGGUGUGGUAAUUUACGGCAGAAGUAUAUGUUAAUGACGCAUGAAAUUUCCUCCCUGAUUUCACAAACUUUGAGCCAAAAAUCAUGAAGUUUUCACUCUAUUAUUAUUAUUAUUUCUUGAAGUCACUGAAAAGUCAAAGUAUAGGUAUUGAAGAAAGUGGCGAAAGUUCCAAACAAACCCAUCAUUAUAUGCAGACAGAUCAACCUUAAACAGUUCUUUGUUAAAAGAAAUCAAUGGUGAACAGACUAGUCAGCUCUGAGGCUUUGCUAAAAAAAUUGUCAGAAACAAAUUUAAAGUCAACAAUAGGAAAUAAAACAUAAAUUAAGUUAGUUGCAUGUCAUAAAACUUUGGCAGAUUUCAUCUUCUCCUAUUUUCCCAUAACAUCAUUUUAUUUGCAUUUGUGGAUGUCUAUGGCUUGCAAUUAGCUCUUAGAUAUUGUUUCUGUGUGUCUAUCUUAAUUGACAAAGAUAAUAUAGGCAUUUUCUGCCCAAUUCUGGCUCAGACACCUCUAAAAAAGUAUAGAAUAUAAUCAUGGGACUAGGAAUGAGGACAAAUACCAACCCUCAUGGAUAAUUAAAUAAUGGAUUUAAGGAUAAAUUGAAGCUAGUGAUUACAAGGCCCCUAACAAUGAUGCUGAUUUCCAAAAGGCUGUUUGUCUUAUUGUGGAUAAUUCAUUAUUUAUUCUUGUUUAGAAAUAAACUCCAGAAAAACAGCUUGGAAGACACAUACUCCUUGAAAAAUAAGAAUCAGAAACAUAAUGUGGCGAUUUGCAGUGCUUAAGUCCUUUAGGCAUCACUUUUUACCAUCAAAGACAAAGGAGGUUCUACCCAAACAGUUCAUCUACAACAGGUGAGAAACAUAAGAUAUUGAAAGACAAAUUAUGUAUUUAUUUCUCUGAGAUUUUUCUUAAAAUGUCACAUAGAAAUACUAAACCUUUUAACAUCAGUUUUUUACUUGUAGAUUUAAUUCCUUCAAUCAAAUUGAACUUAGUUUAUUCCAUAGUUGUGUUUUAUUUGUAAAAAGUUAAGGAGUUCCAAAUAGGGUGGGGAAAUGAACUAUUUUGGUCAGAAAUAGAUAAAGGGUUUUUAAGAAGGGUGCCCUACUAGAAUUUGGUCAGGAAUACUCUUUCCCUUUUGGGUCAGUUCAGUGGUACAAAAAUAAAAGGAGAGCACGAGAGAGUGAUUUUGAUUCAUAUCUUGCAUUUUUUGGGGGGGAAAAAUCUAGUUUAUGUUAAAAUUAAAGUCUGUUUUUGAAAUAAGAGUGUAUUUGAGUCAGUUCUGUUGGUUUUUAGUCCAGUACAAGGUUUAUCAUUCAAGGAUGGGGUUCCCAUGGUUUGACAGUGUGUCUUUGUUUCAAUGCAAGGGGCCUUGUUUGAAUAAAGAGUAACCCUUUAACUCCCAGAAGUGAUUAGGAUGUAACUUCUCCCUACAACAUCUAUACAUUGUUCAGCAAACAGGUGAUGAGAAACCUUAAACUUGUGAGGUCGCAGUUGUCACCUUGAUGGAAUACCAAAUUCUUGUAACUAACUUACAAAGAAAUGUGUCACAACCAGAGGGGAGAGUUAAGAAUACAAUCUUGGAAGUUAAUGGUUUAAAAUCACACAAUAUGACUUGAGUAUCAGGUUAUGCCCAGUUUAAUCCAUUUGACUUCCAUGAUCUCAUUUUAGGAACUAUGAAAACAAUUAUUUGACAGAAAACUCCCACAUUGGCACUUUCAAGGAAGUAGUUCUGUACAAAUGGUGUAUAGAUUUAACUGCAGUUUGCUAUAAUACUAGGAGCAGAAGGGGUGGAAAAGAGGGUUUUAGGGAUAAACCUAAUCUGCUAGUGAGGAAUUUACCUAUUUGGAUGGUUAUCAGUGUCAACAAUUUUGUCACUGAUUGUUUCUUUUUAGUUAGCUUAGUUGACAGUUUCAUGGCUGUUUUGUUUAAUUUAUGAGGAGUUCAUAACCAUCUUCCCUGAAUCAGAACAAGGUUUCAAGAUAUGAUUUAUUCCUCCCAGUUAUGACUCCAACACUUGUCCAAGGGUUCGUCACCUAGCAUCUGACUCAGCAUUACCUAAAGAAGCUCAAGUGGUGAUUUGUGGAGGAGGGGUGGUUGGUUGUUCAGUUGCCUACCACCUUGCCAAACUGGGAUGGAAAGACGUCCUUCUUUUGGAGCAAGGAACGUAAGUAACACUAUAUGGUGACUGAAAUGAAGCUUGACUUUUUCAUGUAGGUAGCCUGCAAUGACUGGCAUUCCAUCCCUGGGGAGUAGCAAUACCCCUAGUUGCCUUUUGCCACAGGAAUUGGAUACACUCUGGCUGGAUGGACUCUCCUGGCUUGAGUGCAAACUUACAUUGUCUCUAAAAAAAGGCAAACUUGGUAACUUUUCCUUCAAUUUAAGCAAAAUGUGGGUCCUCUUUCAAACAAUGGUUGAUUUUUGUGCCCUUUUUCAUGUUUGAUUUUGGAUUAUUUGCAUGGACAAACAUCUCGAUCACUUUUUCCCUAAGCAGCUGCCAAUGAUUUAAUAGAAGGCUGUGCAUGGACCAGGGGCUGUAGGGCAAGACCCAAACACAAGAGCCUGCACACAAGCUAAACAGACAGCAGUAAGAGGUUUUAAAUGCUGUAAUAGACUGCCGGUAAAAGGCUUCUUUUGACUCUUGUGCAUCAUCCAGAUUUGGAACUUUCAAUUUUGGGAGGAGAUAAAAUGAAGUAGUUUAUUAAGAAGUGCUUAUUGGAAUGUAAUCCAAAAUCAUAUGUCUUAAGAAUUGAGAUAUCUAAAGUUUUGAUCUCUUAAACUGAAUUAUCUCUUUGACAUUCUUCACCAGACUGAAUUGUGGAACCACUUGGCAUGCGGCUGGUUUAGUGGGUAAACUUCGCUCCACAUCAAUUGAGAGUAAACUCCUCAGUUACUCUGUUGAACUCUACAGUAGCCUGGAAGAGGAAACUGGUCUGGGCACAGGUGAGAUACAGACUGAUAAACUUGUCUCUUAGUUUACAGAUUUCUUGUCUUUGUUGUUGUGAAAGACUCUGGAACAAUCUACCCUUGCUGUCAUGUCAGUGAGGCCCCAAUCUCAAGAAUUAAAUUGUUAGGCUUAACAAACUUAAGCUGAGCCAUGGCAAGUAUUGUUGAAAUUCUUGUGCUAUAAAUUAAAUUGUUGUAGCUGAUAAUAAGGAUAUGAAUAUGAAAGCAAUCUUUGCAGUAAUGAAAACUACUUAAGCAGUAGUGAAAAUAAGGCCUGAAAAGGUUCAGGUCUGUUUGGAAUUUGAACCUGUGACCUCUGCAAUAACAGUGCAGUGCACUACCAAAUGCGCUCUACUGCUUAAGUAGUGUUCAUUACUGCCAGAUGGCUUUUAUAUUCAUUUCUUAAACUGCAGUUCACAUAAUUAUAUAAUUUUCAUUUAUUCACAGUCAUUUAUCAUCAGUUCUUAGUUUUUCAUCUUCUUAACCCUUCAAACCCUAAGAAUGACCAGCAUCUCAUUUCUCCUUACAGUAAAACUGCUGAAUGAUUCACUAAAAUCAUGAGAAUGAAGGAAAUGCUUACCAACUUAAGAAGCUUUGAUCUUCAAAUGAAUUCUAUUUGUCAGUAUCAAAAGGAACAUAUAGAAUAGAGUAUGGAGAAUAUGGAUACUGAUAUUAGGGUGUAAAGGGUUAAAUUAUGAUCUAAUUAAAUAUCAUAACAAGCCUUCUUUUGUCAUGUUUAAAAAAAAUUUCAGUUCAGACUUUCAACUAGGUUUUUCUACUACACUAUCAAAGUCAAUUUCAUAAAAAUUCAGAUAGCACACAGUUUGGAAAACAUAAAUUCAGCAUAAACAGUACAGUUUCCUUUUUGUUUCUGUUGUUGAGUUAGGCCAUGGAAACAUUUACUAGUGAGUCUCGAGUAACUGGAUUCUGAUUGGUCCUCCCUGUGAUUGAAGUCAUAAGAGACAUGUUACUGUUUCUUGUUUUUAAUUGUUUUAGGUUUUAAACGAUGUGGUGGGUUGGCCUUGGCACAAACAGAGGAGCGUUUGACUUUUUUAAAAAAGAGGCAGUCCAUUGCAAGGUAUUGUUGAUAUUUUCAAUCACAUAACUAGUAAAUUUGUCUUAUUUAAUUCAAUUGUGUAAAUGUGUUUCCUCUUCACAUUGCGUAUGCUUAUGGCAUCAGCAAACAAAUACCUUGACAAAAAAUUUUCUCAUGGAUUGAUUCCCUUUUUUACAUCCAAAAACAAAUUAAAUGUUCAUUUGAAAGUUCACGUUAACCCAGUAACAUAGAAAUAAGCUGUUAACAAGAUUGACUUCAUGCAACCAUUCCCAUUCAAAAAGAAGGAGAAUAUGUUCACAGAAAGGUAACUUUAAUGUGGCAGCAAGUGAACCAGCUACAGAAGAGAUAUCAAUUUACUUUGGCCUGUCAUAUUCUAUAACAGUGGAAAAGUUCAGCAUUUAUUGCCAUAAGUAAUAGAUCAUGCCACUAUUGACUUAUCAUUUUUCUUGCUGAAGAACUUUGAAUGUUGACUGUGAAAUAUUGUCAAGAAAAGAAAUACAGAACCUAAUCCCACUGGAAAUGAAGUUGGAUGAUGUGCUGGUAAGUUACAACAUUUUACUCUUGCUUAUCAACCUUCAUGCAAAAAAAUUAAUGUCUGUCAACAAUUUGUCACAGAUUGACUUUUGAUUGUCUGAAAAGUGUAUAUUUUAAAAAACACAAACCUCAGAUCUAAACAGGAUAGACCACAAGCUAUAGUUACUCUUAUUAUAUACAAUCAAAUCAUGGUUUUGCCAUGCACCUCCAGUCUCAGCAUGGUUGCAAAUCAAAAUAUUUAACAAUGAGCAUGCAAUGUAAUGGUUAUUAAUUAUGAUUUGUUGGUGGCGUUAGAUUUUUUUUAAAUUAAUCCUGUUUAAUUACUUUUCAGGGAGGCCUUUGGAUACCUAGUGAAGGUGUUGCAACAUCCAGUGAUGUUUGUCAGUCGUUGGCUAGAGGAGCAACUUUAAAUGGUACAGAAUCAUGUUAGAUUCAGUAACUAUGGAAUAAAUAUGCACUGAGAAAAAGAUGAAACAAUCCUAAAUUCUUCAUUUUUAAGAUUUGUUUCUGUGAAUCUUGCUCAGCUGUAGGUUUAAAGAAGUAGACUGAUGCUAUUGAUUUUAAAGUCACUUAUUAAGUGUGAAUGACAAUUAAGACUUCAAUCCAAUGUUGACUAGUUUUCCUAAUUAUAAUACUUGGUGGAACUGAAAAUUUUUAUAUUCAGUUUAAUUAAUACUUAGGAGUGGAGAGAACACUGUUAGUCAAGAGUGUCUGGCUAAAAAACACAACACAAUGACUCUGUCAUAGCACUGACGAAGACCUCUUGACCUCAAUUCCAGCGUGAAAACCUUCACCACCAUGUCUCCAACACAAUAGUAAAGAAAUGAUUUUUUUUCAUUAGGAGUCAAAAUUUUUGAAAAAGUUGCGGUAGAGUCCAUUAUUACAGAUGGGAAAUCUAUCACUGGUGUAAAAACAAGCAAUGGGACUGUCAAGUGUGAGAUAUUGGUCAACUGUGCUGGUCAGGUAAAGCGAUGAGUAAAUGAUUGUCAAAAAUAGCCUUCCAGGACAAAGGUACUUGUAUGUUUCACAACAUCUCAUAAUAUAUUUGGCUCAUUAGAAAGUUGACUGUUUUGUUUGCAGAAGUUAUGAUUAGGUUGUCAUUUAGAACUUUUGCUUUUUUUUUUUUUUUUUUUUUCUCGUGUUUGUAUAAUUUACCCAUAGUUUUCCUCUUUGAUGGAAAAUUAAUAGAAUGAAAUUUCAGUGUUUGUUUUUGUGAUGUAGACUGUAACUUUGCUCUCUAAAAAUUAAUCUAACAUCAAACUGCAAGAUUUUUGAACACCAAGAAUAUUUCUGGAAUGUCAUUCUUUCUAGGGGAAUAACCCAAACAGACAUAAAAGAAGGGGUUCUUUGGUUUUCACAGGGUGGUUUUUUUUAAUUCAAGUGUGACUGGUCAUAUCACAGAAAAUCUUUUGAAAGUAUUUCAGGUGUGCAGCACAUAAGUCUGAAUAAACCUUUUAACCCGUAAGAAUGAUGAGCAUCUGGUUUCUCCUAAACCCGUAACCCUACAACCAAGCAAACAUUUAGGUCACAGGAGUAGAGGAAAUAAUCACCAACUAAAGAAGCUCUUGAUUGUUAAACAAAUUCUCCUUGUUAGCAUCUUAGUAAGAGAUGUAUAGAGAACAGUAUGAAGAAGAUACAUACAAAUGUUUUGGUGUACAUGUAAAGGGUUAAUGUAGCAAAUGCUUUCUUUUUUUUUUCUCUUUGAAAUGCAGUGGGCAUGGGAAUUAGGACAGGUAAGAGACCAGUGGAUUUCUGAAUCAUCUUGUUUUGCUGUCACUGUAUAUUAUGCAUAGGCUAUCACUCUCAACAUCUGAAAGUCAAUUUACCACAUUGUCUACUUUACAUCUGUUUUGUUUAUAGCUCUGAGAAUUUAGGGUUAAGUCAACCAAUAUCCCAUAGUUGAUUUUUCUCUUUCAUUUUGUCACCUAUCUACUAGAAAACAGGUUGAUUUAGUGAGGAGAAAGUCCUCUGUGGUCACCUCUGAGUUUAGAUUGGUGUUUUUUUCAAGUUCUUAAGUUGAAAUUUGUUUUUCUUUUAUUAAAGUGUCAAACCUUUAAUCUCAAGGGUGACUAGCAUCUAAUUUCUUUCUAUAAUGUCAUCCCUGAAUCAAACAUUUAGGUCACAAGAAUAAAGGAAAUUGUCACCAAACAAAUUCUCCUUUUCAGAACCUUAGGGAAUGUGUAGGGAAAAUUAUGGAGAAUAUGCUUAUUGAUGUUAGGGUGUGAAGGGUUGAGAGAGCAAAUGCAAAUAUCAUAAAUAUCAGAACUAACUUCCUAAAUAAAGCUGAAUGCACCAAUAAAGCUCUGCUGUAUAUUUACCGUUUAACUCCCACGAUCUCACUAGUAAUUCUCCUUACUGUCUGUCAUGUAGUUCUUGUAAUUUUAGUCUGGAGAAUUUGGUAUUGGAUCAACUAAUAAUCCACUAAUUAAUAUUUUUCUUUAUUCUCAUCACUUUUCUGGUUGAUAUUGUAUUGAUAUUGUAGGAGGAAAUUCUGUCUUGGUCACUCAUGGGAGUUAAAGGGUUAAAUCUGAACCCACGACAGAAACCUUUCUGUCUAUUACUAGUUAAAUAUCUUGAAAUGUGAGCAGGAAAAGAACUUCCAUAUGCUUGGGUCUUACUUAUGACAAGCACAUGUUAGAGUAGCAAUUUGUCUGAAGGAGUGAGUUGGAAUAAAUUUUCCCAAGCUUUGUGUCUCUUAGAUUCCUAGAUUUUGAGGUAUAAAAUUAUGCAAUUAUGAUCAAAGACUCACAAAUUUCUCUUUCAAUCGUUAGAAAUGUGCGCCUAAGGUGAAUUUUCCUCUUCAUUCAACGGAACACUAUUACAUCGUGACAAAGCCCAUUGAAGGUGUGACCUCCAUGUUGCCGGUGAUUCGAGAUCAUGAUAGCCAGAUUUAUAUACGGGAAUGGAGCGGAGGGCUGAUGGCUGGAGGCUUUGAAUUAAAUGCUCUUCCCGUCUUCCACGAAGGAAUCCCUAAAGGAUUUGAAUAUCAGCUACUCCCGGAGAACUGGGAUCACUUCAGUGAGUAUAACGGGAUGGAGACAAUGAAAGGGAUCAAAAUUUUGAAAAUGAAACCUCUAUAGUAUGGUAUCCAGUUACCUCGCCACCAAGCAGACUCGCCACCAGCGAACUCGCCACCAAGGAACGAUCUCGCCACCAAGGAACGAUCUCGCCACCAAGGAACGAUCUCGCCACCAACGUACUCGCCACCAAGCGAAGUCUUCUCGCCACCAACCACCAAUAAAGAGAUUAGUCGAGGAGAGUAGGAUGUUCGGCUGAUAAGUUUGUUCGCUUGUCUGUACUCAAACUUUAUAAACGUAUGUUGUCGAAAGCACGUUCGAAACCGAUAAGUUUGUUCGCUUGUCUGUACUCAAACUUUAUAAAUGUAUGUUGUCGAUAGCACGUUCGAAACCGAAGUAAGUUUUUAUUCCUCGCAUCGAGUUUUGCAAUUUCUCCUUGCUUACGUGCAAAAGACAAACACGAUACGUUUUGAUGUCAAUGAGUUAGGAACGGAACACAUCUAACACGUCGCUGAAGGUCAUAAUUUAAAUACAGACAAGCGCACGAACGUAUCGGCCGAUUUGAAUUGUGCUCGUUCGAACAUCCUAAUCUCCUCGACUACUUUAUUCUAGUUUAUCUUUUUGUUGGUGGUUGGUGGCGAGAUCGUUUCUUGGUGGCGAGUUCACUGGUGGCGAGUCUCCCUGGUGGCGAGGUAACCGGUAACCCUAAAGUAUUGUUCAUUUUCGACGAGCUUGGGGCAAAGAAAAUAGCUAAGUUUCCCAAGAGGAACUGGGAGAAUGGAUUUGGCGGUUCGAUGAUCUCAACCAGGUCUCGGUUGUACGAAGGAUGGAUAACGCUAUCCACUAGAUAAAUGUCUAUCCGGUGGACAGUGCAGUACGUUUUGUGAACACUUGUCUGCUGGAUAGCGAUUUAUCCCUGAGUUACGCUGUAUCACGAAAUCAAGUUCUAAGAGUCAACUCAAUUUUUUUUUCGUUUUCAUAUAGUUAUAUCCUUAGAAAAUACACUAUUAUUGUAACUGUCGAAAAAAAAAAGAAACAAAACAAACAGAAAAAGCAAACCCGUGCAGUUAACAAAGUUUUUUACCUUUUACUUUGGUUGGAACAGCUUUUUCGGAAUUCUGUCCGAAUUCCUGCAUUACAAAUUAUUUCGGCGCUGUAACCGUGUUAAAGAAUUUUCACGAAGUGGGAUAUUGAUCAAAUGAAGCCUUUAAGUGCUACUGUGGUUCUUUCUUUAUUCACUCCGAGCUUUCGCCGUUCUACGGCAUCAUCAGGGAGGAGGAGGAUCAUUACGACAUGCUACUAAAGGACACGUUCAAACGUUUAAUUUUCACUAAGUUUACAAAACUUUUCAAAGGCUAUUAUUCUCCGUUAGGACAUGUUAGAUCACCGAUGAUAACCUCAACUGAUGCGCUAACUACAAAAAUAUGGACUCGUAUAAAUUUCGCCGUCUUAACGAUGCACGGUAACAAAGUGAACUCCAGACGUUAUGUCUCGAAACUCAGUGAGGCUUGUUUUUUAAUGGAAGCCCAGUGGAUGCAACAAAAUGGCGGCCGAGUACGAGAAAUGCUGAGAUUCUUGUUAACACUCUGAGUCAGUUUAGAAGGUUUUUGGUUGAGAUGGGACUUCUGCCCACUUCAUCACCACUUCUGGUGUGUGUAAUUAAAAGAGAUCGGAAUCUGUGAGGACAACUUGCAGAUGCCUAUGUUCACUUCUUCGAUCGCAGCUGUGAACUAGUGCAGGAAUAACACUCGCCAACUGCUGUGAAAAAUUACAAGUUUUAAGCUUAAAACUAGGUGUUGUUGUUUCUCUGGUGCAUCAUUUUGACACCGAAAUCGAAAAAAGACACAUAAAAACGUUGUAGCAAAAACAUAGAAGAAAACUUGACUCGUGACUCGAACUUGACUCGGAGUCGAACCUGAUUCGUGAUACGGUGCAGUCGCAGUUUGGACUGUUUGGGGCCUUGCACAAGACUCGAACUGUUUUUUUUCUCCCAACUGCUCUUGUUUUAGGCGAGCUAAUGGAUAACAUGCUUCACCGUCUCCCGUUCAUGGAGAAGGCCGAAAUUCGUCAAAUGAUCAAUGGUCCAGAGAGCUUCACUCCGGAUGGACGAUACUUGUUGGGGGAAGUACCUGAGGUAGGUUUGGAAUCAAAUGAACACAGAUCAUGUUUAGCUGGUACGCACGAUCGUCUAUUACAGUUUUUUAGGAACAGAGUAAGAUGGAAAUUACUAUGAUCGGAUUUAAAUAAAAAAGGAAGCUUUUGUACAGGAAUUCCAAAGGGGCAGUCGUUUCCACCAGACUCCAGGCAGUGUGCAUUUUUAGUCUCUUAAACACAUUUUUUCAUGUUUUUGAAGAGCGAAUUUUGUUCCUAAUUAGAAUAAAAUCGUCUCUCGUGGAAAGACCUGGUCUUUGAUACACUCCUCCAACAAGCAAUCAACUUCCGGUUGCCUGUCGUAACUGGCGUUAUACCGUGUAAGGUUUUCUUUGGAAGGGUGUUUGGAGUAUUCAGACACACGAAUGCUCGCAUUUCCGCAGUAAGAGUCUGCAUCGAUGGGGUUACUUUCAUAAAUUUCGUUGAUUCUUGAUGCUUUGGUUUACCUCUAUUCUGUAGGUUUCGAAAGGAGAGAGGUUAUUAUCAGCUUAAAGAAGUCAAGCUUGACCCUUUUUUGCUGUUAGUAACCCUUUUCACUCCGAAGAUCUAAAUUGCACUUCUCCCAACUUUGUGCCACGCAUUUCUAAUAGUUUUAACCCGGAGAAUUUCAUGUUAAAUCAAGGAUCAUUCCCUCGUUAACAUUUCUCUCCUUCCCGUCUCCUUUCCGUUUGAAACCUUAUCGAUUUGGUGGGAAGAAGUUCCCAUUUGGUCACUGGGAGUAAUAAAGUCAAUUGCUGUCUAUUAAGAACACUUUUUUUUAUUAAGGUACGCAAUCUCUAUGUGGCUGCUGGCUUUAAUUCUAGUGGUAUUGCUGGCGCGGGAGGAGCCGGGAUGGCCCUUGCCGGUUGGAUCACUGAAGGGGAACCUACAAUGGAUCUUUCAGGUGUAGACAUACGUCGUUUUGCACCUCACCACAACAACAAACGCUUCUUAAGAGAGUGCGUGAAAGAGACCCUCGCCUGGCACUACUUGCUACGAUACCCGUAUUCAGAGAGAAAGGCUGCGCGCGGGCUCAGAUGUUCGCCAUUGUUCCCAGAGCUAAGCGCCGCUGGUGCAUCAUGGAGUGAGAAGAUGGGGUGGGAGGUUCCCAAGUGGUUUGCACUUCCGGGAGAAGGUAAGGUAAUUUUAAGCUAGUCUGCGUAGGUGGCGCUUUUGUGUGUGCUAUGAAGCGACAAUAGGCAAAUUACUGUAUCUGGUCCCAAUUCUCUCGCGGCAUCGAAAGCGCCCAAAAACUGAUUGGAAUGCGCCGAGUUUGCUUGCAUUUGUUUGAUUGACUCAAAAGUAGGACCUCUGAGUAACAAAACAAAAAAGGGUAACAAAACAAAAACUAAGGGGAAAUGCUAAUACUACUUUUACCUGACAGACACUUUCUUUUCCAUACUCGCCGCAAUUCACUCUUAUUUCAACUUUUGUCUUUUGUGCCGUGAGCGCUUGAUGGCGAGAACUUGCGUAGCUGGUGGUUUCGUGUGCACUUCGAAGCGUUGAACCGAACCGCGAAACUCAGCUACGAAGCUGGGAGAGGCUUGGAACCGAAUAAAAUUGGAAGGAAAUCAACCUCUCGCUGCUCCGCCGCCUAACACUGCACAAAAAUGCGAGCUACAAGCGUUUGUUAGUUGUGGGUGAACCUCUAGCCUACGUGUAGGUGUACCCUCCCCCUCCUCCCCCCCCGGUGAAACGGAGGCGAGGUAAAAAAAAAAUAUCGUAAAAAAAAUAUCAAAUGGCAUUAUUUGCAUAAAUUCGAAUAGCAUCACGGAACACGAUUAAUGCCAUGGUUUGCGUAGACGUUCUCUCGCUUCCGUUUCACCUUGGGGAGGGUACGCCUAAACGUAGGCUAGAGGUUCAUGAUUUCUUUGGAUGUGCUUUGAACGCUUCCUUGAAUAACCCAACCUACUUCUUUAAGUAGUCUGGGUUUGUAUGCAGCACUGAAUUUUGUUUGUUUUUACCUAGACCACCCCAGUGAGAAUGGGUUUGGCAAGCCCGGCUGGCUAAGCUGUACAGAAGUGGAGUACAAAUCUUGUACCGAGGGGGUAGCUGUGGUGGACUUAACUGCUCUUGGUCUGUUUGAAAUUGAGGUACAAGCUUUGACUUCUAAUUUAUACGCGCAGUAUCACCAUUGGAUUUAAUAACCAUGAUAAUAACGGAAAUGAUCAUCAGUUUAAGGAGUUCGUGAUUUUCAGAUAAAUUCUCCUUGUCCAUUAUCAUAGAAAAUGUAGAAAGGACCGUAUGGAGAAUAUGAAUGUUGAUGUUAGGGAGUAUGGGGUUAAGUGGUAACACUUUAUGUGUAUUUUUUUUUAGUCUGGUGCGGAUGGCGAGGUGGAGCAUUUCCUUCAGCUUUUGUGUUCUAAUGAUGUGGCUAUACCAGUCGGUUGCUCUGUGCGUACUCUGAUACUGAACAAACGCGGGGGAAUAGAGCUGAGCUGCACCGUUAUACGAGAAGCACAAAAUAGGUGGGCCUCUUUUUUUCAACCAUUAUUGCAGGAGGUUCGACUCAAAUUCUAAGAAGCAUAUGGCAGUCUGCGGCCUUCCUUACAUCUAGGCAGUUUGGAAAGCCGCAAAACUCUCAAACAGAAUUUAACUUUCAAAUGGGCACUCCAUUCAAAUAAUUUAUUAUUGUUUUUCGCCUUACCGUGUUCCCACCAAGAGUGUAGCUCCAGUUUUUGGUAUACUACACACAAACUUUGGUAUACUACACACAAACCUCAGUUACUCUAUUCGCUCUGAAGAAGGGCUAACGCUCGAAACGUCAGCUUUUAAAACUCUCUACGGUGACCAAUUUACAUUAUAACUCUAUUGAUAACCAAAUUAUCUUGUAAACUCCCAAUCGACGCGGCACCACGGUUUCUUUAAAAACUUACCCCCUUAAUUACUUUUGAACUGUCUUUUUGUCUUUUUGAAAAAGGAGUUGUGCAAGGAAACUUCUUCAAAAUAGAAAGCUAAUGAUACUACCCUGAUUAGAUCCCCAAUUGCCUUGAGUCAUUGUAUGCCUUCGUUUUUUCUCUUUAUCCUUCCAUCAUUGUGUGUUUCAGCCGUACUUUUCACUCUUCAUCCAUUUUUAAAUCGCCAGAUUUAUAAUUAUGCUGGACGAUGCAGAGCGAGUAACUGCUGCUCACUCAAUGAUUUCACAUAACAUCCCCUCCAACUCUGCGAUCAGUCUGCGUAACAUUCAGUCACAGUAUGCUAUUUUGGGAGUACUGGGCCCAAACUCGACUCAGCUGCUUCAAACUCUGACCCAGACCCCCUUAAAGGAGAACCUAUUCCCGGCAAACAUUGUAAAGGUAAGUAAAGGUACUUUAAUUAGAGAAUCACGUAUGAAGUCAUAAUCCACAGGCAAGAAGGACAUAAUGGUAUACCUGAAAACAAAACCAAAAAAAACAAACAAAGCAGCAGUCACUAGACUUUGGCUAGGCACUUCUAUCAACUGAACUACAAAGCCACGUGAUGGGAGAUGGCCAUGUUUUAGUUUAUUCCUUAGAGCACGUUUCGACUGAUUGUCUUCCCCUUUCUUACAGAACAUGAAGUCUGUAAAAACAAGAAAGAUUAAAAUUAAAACAACUAGAAGAAUUUUAUUAGCCGACCUCCGCAUUAAAUUGCAUUUGGAUUUUUAUUUUUCGCAGGAAAUUGACCUAGGCUUUGCCUCAGGUGUUAAGACGUUUAAAACAAACUACUUUGGCGAUCAGAAAAACGACUGGAAGCUUUUGGUACCUACUGAGGUGGGUUCCUGUAUAUGAAGACCUUUUGUGUGUUCAGUUAACUUUUUAGUUAUCUGUGAUACAGGCAACUCUUUUUUUUGGUUUAGGGUUCUCAAAAAUUUGCAUUUGUAACCAUAAUCUAAAGCUUGAGUGAGCCUAGCUCUCAGUCCGUUUUCCCUCCCCUACUCCGUGCAGUAACUAAUAAUGAAUUUUCAUUUUUCCAUUUUCCAACAAAGGACUCGAAGGCUCCUAUUUGUAUAUUCUGUGAAUUUGGGAAUUCCUAAUUUUGGCGCAUGUUCAUAGUAAUGAGUAGGCAUACGUGAUGUAUGCUCUGUUCUCGCCUCCGAAGGUCACAUGACAGGAUUCAGGGCCGCUUUGAUGCAAAAGUGCGAUAAAAAGUUCUCUUUAUACACCUUGCGUCUCCUUAUGGUUUCCGAUGCAUUUUACACUCAUAUUUAAUUUUCCAAGGCUAGUUACCGGGUUCCUAUAGAGUAUUGAAUUACUGGAGAAGUUUGGAUAUUAUUAAACUAAUCUUCAAGAUCCAAAAAACUAUCUACGAACCCUGUUUUUGUAGUGACCUCUUUAGCACAGCACAACUAUCACAAACACUGUUAAAUUCUUCUCUUACGUCUUUCUUUACUACAGUUUGCUGUAUCUUUGUACCGUGAAAUGAUGGAGGCCGGGAGAGAUCUGGGUAUAAGGAACGCGGGUCACUCAGUACUUGAUGGCUUGCGAAUUGAGAGAUUGAUUCCACAGAUGGGAAAAGAGAUGACGUCAUUUGUAACUCCAAGGGAGGCUGGGGUGAUGGACAGAGUGCAACUGGAUAAGGUAAUCAUGGUAACCGUAUUAAUAAACCAAGCAGCUCUGAAAUUCAAUUAUAAUGCCGGGAUUUGCUUUUCUCUUCUCUACGAGCGAUCCGAUCCGGCCACUUUUAGACUAUCUUCUUCCAAGAAAUACUGAAGUUACGGUUUGCGUAAACGUUUAUUAGUAACUUCAAAAAUUUUUCGUUUCUUUUUCCCUGAUGUUCCAGUAUCCAAUUCCCCUCUAAUCCUAGCUCAGAUGCUAUCUCCCCAAAUCCCCUGUCAAUUGGUCAGUGGGAGUCUUACUUUGAUCCAAUCAAAACAUGAGUCGCUUUGCGAAAACACCGUGAACGCUCAAAGGCAUGAUGGACUGUCCCUCUUCCAAAUAAAGGGAGAAAGUCAACCGAGGAGAAUAGGGAUGAAUACUUUGCACCAUCAGUAGGCAUAUUCUCCAUACUGUUCACUAUACAUUUGGUAAGGUGCUGACAAGGAGAAAGAGGUUCUUUGAUUUUUGUUACAAUCAAGAGCUUCUUUAGUUGGUGAUCACGUUCUGUAUUCUUGUGACCUCAAUGUCUGAUUCAGGGGUGAUAUUGAAAGGAUAAAUUAUGUGCUAGACGUUGUGCUAAAACUAAGGAUCAUUAAUGAGGAAAGCUGAGCUGUUUUGUCGAAUCUGGGCGCGGUCAACGUUAAUUAUUUAGAAGAAAAAUUAUAAAUUAUAAAUUUUUAGUGCCGUUCAGCUCAACCAACCGUUUGUAUUUUCCAACAUAUCUAUUCUAGAAUUGCGAUUUCCUUGGAAAGCAAGCUCUUUUAGCUGAUGAUCAACAACCCGCAAAGAAGCAUCUUGUGCAAAUUGCACUCGAAGAACGCGACGAUACCAACUACCCGUGGGGAGGGGAGCCGAUUCUCAGAAAUGGCUCUUCGGUAGGGUCCACGAUAAGCGCAAGUCAUAGCUUCAAACUGGAUCGUCCAAUGUGUUUAGGAUACUUAGAAGGAGAGGGACUGGACGCCAUUGUAGAAGAUGGAGGCUUUGAGAUUGACGUCGCUGGUGCCUUAUAUCCUGUUUCUGUGCAGAUUUUCAACAGAGAUUUGAAAGACGAGUUCGUGGAGACGUCGUAGCUCCUUUUGAUCAAUUCGUGUCGUGCAAAAGUCUAAAUGGAAAGAUUGGAUCGGUGUCAGUAUUCGAGAAACUGACCCAACAUAAACGCUAGUUUGUUAUCAGUUAACUGUUGUUAGGUAAGGGGAGGGGUAGGUGAGGCUAGGGGAGGAAUAGGUACGCAGUUGCUUAGAUACCGAUAUUGAUCCGAUAAAUUAUUAACAUUCCAGGGACUUUGAUUCAAUAUAAUUCAAAUUCAAUAAUUCAAGUUUUAUUAUUAUUAUAUUCAAUUACUGUAAUUAAGAAAUGACACGAUUUUUGUAUGAUGAAAUAUGUAUUAAGCAAUCGUAUCCUUUUUCAUAAUUAAUAAUUGCGUCUCGUAUCGUACAAUUCAACAGUAAUCCUAGACAGAAUUUCAAAUUGUCCUCAUUUCAUGAUAGGUAAUAGUAGUUGUAGCAAUUAUUCAAUUGAUAAUCAUGCUUAAUUUACUUUUUGAACCAUUCACAUGAAUAAAAUUAAAUGGCUGGAUAUGGGCAAAAAAUAUGAACCACAUGAAAGGAAAAAUAACAUUUUUACAAUUAAUUUGAAAGAGGAAGGUGAUGGGUAAAAAUACGAAUUGAGUGAAAUUGUUUAUUCAAAUAAUAUCAGCAGUUAUUCCAAAUAGCACAG